AUGACGGAAGAAGAAACCAGGAACGCCGCGCUCGCCGACAUACUCCCCGUCUCGGCUUCGGUGCUCUCGCGGCUCGAGAGGCGGCGGCGGGAUGCGGUUCGGGAAAGGGGACGCUGCGGGAUCGGGUGUGGGGAGGUGGACGAGUACGUGCUUAUGGGGGGUUUGGAGAGGGGGAGUGUUGUUGGCGUUAGCUCUGAGGAGGAGGACUUUGGAGUCCUGUUGGCCUUGCAGGUUAUUGCAAGGACGGUAUGGCGGGGGAUAAAGAAGGGCAAGCCCGAGAAGGCACUGGUGGUUUCAACGCAGCCGACUGGGACGAUGGUGAGGAUGCUUAGGGAUGCGGCAGUGGCUGAGAUUCAUGCUGGGGAGGGCGAGGGGGAGGAGCAGCUAACGGAUGUUAGGGAGAUAGUGGCGAAGGUGUUGGGGAUGGUGUCUAUUGUGAGGGUGUUUGAUAUCAAAGGCGUUUGGGAGGUCCUCGACGAUCUUGAUCUUAGUGCUGAGGAGAACGUUGCGAGCGCCGCACCCUCACCCAAGGUCCCAGGCAGCCCAGAGGAGAAGUCCUCAGGCCCCGAAAUGGAGACAAAGGCCGUGAGAGACGAGAUACCAGAUAGCGACGAAGAGGUCUCAUUAUCUCCCUCGCCGCCACCUUCGGCAGCAAUGGCGCCAACACCAGAACCUACGCAGAAGGAGGAAGAAUCCGGGCUUAGGAAGCCGGACAUUAUCCUCAUCACGCACUUCUCGACACUCCUGACGACGCUCUUCACACACGCAGAGAAAACAACGGCACACACGUCUCUUCAACUCCUCUCGUCUCACCUCCGCUACCUCGCUCGCGCCAUGUCUUCCUCGCCUUUGAUCCUUAUCACAAACUCCAUAGCGACGGCUAAAAACCCGGAGAUGGCAGUUCCUCCUACCACGAUGUCCGGUCCGGGGGGACCACUCCGCCAACCUGCUCGGCGGGUAGAUCCGACACUACGGUCCAUCUUCGAUACGCCGGGGGUCUACUCCUACGGUACGACUAGGUCUUCCGGGAAACCUAGUUUCGGGCUGGUGUUUACGCAGUUUCUGGAUUUGCAUUUGCUAUGUACGAGGGUUCCGAGGACCAGGGGGGACGCGGAGGGGAUGGCCAUGAGGAAGGACGGGGAGAUGGUUUGGGUUGUGGAAGUUUUGUUGGAUGAGCUGGGGGUUUGGGAUGGGGGUGGAAAGGGGACGAAGCGGAGGGAGAGGAGGUGGGGGGUUGUUGAUUGGGUUGGGGGUAGGAUCGUGGACGCUUUCGAGGGCGAAGAUGUUAAACGACGGAUCUGA